AUGUUCAAAUAUCGGCUUAUUGCGUUUUGUGCGAGCUUCAUUCUUUUGAUUCUAAUCUUUUUACCUAGUUCACAAGCCUGGGAUAGUGAGGACCAUGAGAUUUUUGAUCUAGUGGAUCAGCUUACAGGUUUUGAAGGAGAGGAUGCAACAUUUUAUUCAUUACUCGGAGUAGAAACCACAGCUACUGUAAAGGAGAUAGGAAAGGCACAUAGAAAAUUGUCACUCGCUUUACAUCCAGAUAAAAAUCCUGAUGAACGUAGCAGAAAAUUAUACGCUUUAUUAGGAUCCAUUACAACCAUACUUCGUAGUCCAGAGUCUCGAGAGCGUUACGACUUUUUCCUAAGAAACGGUGUUCCCAAAUGGCGUGGAACAGGAUGGUAUUAUAAUCGAUAUCGACCUGGUCUCUCUGGUGUUAUUGUUGAGGCCAGGGAAAUUGCUUGGGGUAAACGAAUGAAAAAGCAAAAUGCUAGGAAGAGAGUUUGUGUAAAUGAAAAACAAUUUAUUGUUGAUAGUGAUAAUGUUAUGUUUCUCACAGAUGAGGGAGAUGAAUUUGUAUUAAGUGAAGAAGAAGUAUCCAAACCUAGUUUUGGUAAAUUGUUUCCAGUUUUGAUUUAUAAGUCUAUUUUAGGUAAAUUAAUGUCCGAGAAAAAACAAAAUGGUAAGAUGGAAGAAUCUGGUGAUGGUCAGGAACCAUUUUCCAGCGAUGAUGAGCGUAGUGAGGCUGGUGACAACCCAAAGAGUCAAGCACGUAGACGCAAACCAGGCAGGCAAGCCAAGUCUAAAUACUUUUGUCGCUAUAAAUCAAAUUUUUCUAAAAUUGCUUUGUCAAGAAAAUUUCCUUUAAUUUGCCGAUUUUUAUCGAACCAUAAUCAAACCAUAAAAAGUUCACCUGAAUCAUCAAAGUUCUUUGAUCUCUCUAAUAUCACGAAAUGUAAAUUAUUUUCACUUGAAGAUUUCACUCUUUUACCUAAUCAUUUCACUUCUUUUGAACAAGAAUUCCUUCUUGACCAGUCUUUAAAAAAAUUGAAAAGAGUCUUUGGUAAACGGAUAGUUUAUCAAGAUAGUCAUUUCGAUGAUGUUAUUCAUGGUUAUAGAGAAUGUCAAGCUACUCAUUGGGGUGAUCAAAACGAUAAAGUUAUAGAAAUUUUUAAUAAAAAGGUUUAUGAAAAUUUCCCGAAAACUAUCGAAUGGUUACCGGUUCAUAUUUUGGAUUUAUCCGAAAUUGGUGGCAUUAAACCUCAUGUCGAUAAUGUUGAGUAUUCUGGAAGCAUCGUUGCAGGAAUUUGUCUUAUGUCUCCAACAGUCAUGAUAUUUCACCAUAAAGAUGAUAAAAGUUGUAAUUUCUCUGUAUUAUUGGAACCAGGAUGUCUUUAUAUUCAACGGGAUAAGAUUCGUUUCAACUUUACUCACGAGAUUCCCCAAGAUCCCGCUCAACAUGAAUUUAAAGGUCAGAUUGUUCCAAAAGGAAGAAGAAUUUCGUUAAUGUUCAGGGAUGCGAAAAAAUGA